AUGCCAGUUCCAGUUCCUCAUCAUUCCAAACAACCCGCUCAUCUCGUCAUCAAACAACACUGCUCUGACGACGGCGUCAAUCACUCUUUCCAGGACUUGACUGGCAUUCUGCCUGUGUCACCGACUGGGCCUCCGCCCUCGUUCGGUACUCGAGAGCAGUGGAUUAACUCUUUGCCUUCUUGGAGGAGAAGUAAGCCCCGUAGAAUCUGGGAGGAUGACUCUCAUCCCUUUGCAGAACAGGAUUUUCAGACAGGGUUAGCUGCCGCGGACAACGCGUCAGCUAUUAAAGGAUCUCGCGCUAAAGCGUGCCCUCCGCCCUUCUAUAUUCAACCUAGUGCUAUUGCGCCGACCAUUAAGGGCGCUGCAACAAGUAUCGAAAUGGUACCUCAUGGUCCCUUUGAUACUGCGGGCAUGCGUGCAAACGAUAAGGCCUGUUCCAUUGCCACAAAUAUGGAGAUAGAUGUCUACGACCACCAAGAUCGCAGUGCAUUCACCCCCAUUUUCGAAGACGAUUCUCCUGAAUCCCGGAGCGUACAUGAGGUGUCUUCUAGUCCCAUUGAGCCCGUCACUCCCUUUGGAGAUUUCGUCGACCGAGCAGUCAGCUCUACAUCGGCAGCUCUCAGCUGCUCUUACGUUUCCAAUGCAUCCCUUGCUGGCGCUGCGAAGGAUACUUGUCAGUUGCAAUGCUAUCGCUCGCAUCCUGCUGCACAGCCCUUUACUGACUUACCAGUGUCUGUCCCGGCUCCGGAAUUGGUGACUCCCACUGCUACGUCAGGCUAUCGGAAGCUUUCCGAGCCUCUUUCUGAAUGGAUCGCUAAUUUUGUAUGGAAAGCAUGCACUACCGGCACGAAUAUCCCCUCGUCCAUUGCUAAAGUUAGACUUGUCACUCCCAAGGCUUAUGCUGUGGCUCCCCCGAGCUAUCUCGCUACUUCGAUUCAUUCACUGUUGCUUUCCACCUUGCUUCAACCGUCAGCCAUAUUCCUUGCUCUGUGGUAUAUCGUCAGAUUACCAGUGUCCUUCGGAACAGUAAGUAUGACCGCCGAUCAGACGAAGGAACUGCGUUUUAGGAUGGUAUUGCUUGGUGAAAAUCACGGGCUUACUCAAGACGUGACGGACAAUACCGCCCCUUUCCGAUUAAUUGUCCUUGGGUGCAUGCUAGCCAACAAAUGGCUGGACGAUCACACGUUCUCAAACAAGACUUGGCAUAGCAUCUCGAACGUCCCAAUCAAAAUCUUGAAUGAAUUGGAAUCACGAGCGCUUGAUAUAUUCGCCUACGACCUUUCGAUUUCCACUGCUGACUGGUCUGAUUGGCUUUUGCACGUCAUGUCCUAUCAUCUUUCUCUGUCGUCGCCUUCCCAUCCUCAGCCCAUAUCUCGUCCUUCCGCCAAUCCACACCUCAUAAUCAAACUUACCCUUGAGGAGAUCAUCAACGCGCCGAAGGCUUGCGAUUCGGACUCUCCGCAACCCAGAGCUGUCUUUCUUGGACUCGAAGAGCGCCGCAGAGAGAAGCAGGAAAAAGAGCAGGCUCACAAAGCCAACGUACUUGAAAUCGACUUAGAUGAGGACGGCCCUUUGAGGGAGGAGUACAUGCCAAAACGACGAGUCAGUGAAGCAGGUGCCCCGCACGGCAUAGAAAAUUCAUUCACUAUCCAACGCCAAAUUUGGGAAACCAACAAAUCUGCAGAAAAACUGCUCCCUCCCCCUGCUAGGUGGAGCCCUGCAGGUGAUGAACCGAUACUCAGAGAUAGCAAUCGUCCGCAUGGACGCUACCUUGCGGUGCAACCGACACCUGGUGUUUUUGUACCCGUAACAUCGUACCAGGGCCUUCCACAGUAUCAGUCAACUCAUGAACUCAACUAUGUGUCUCAGCCUUGGCUUCCUAAUGUUCAUUUUGCUACUGCCAAACCUCUACCGACAACAGGGCAUUUUCUUGAAUUUACUUCUCAUCAGCAUCCUGCGCACUCAGUGUUUAAUUCCUGUCCUCCCCCGCUGCUGCUCCCCUUUGCAUUGCCACAUUCCCGCUCGCAGUCUUACUCUCAUGACCAGGAUACAUCACAAUCGUAUAAUCAUACGCGUUCAUAUUCACAGUCCCAAUUUGAAUACAGGUGCUGCGACCUUCGCAUGACUCCCAACGAGUUGCCACCUGUACAAGCAGAUGUAGAUAUGACUUGGGGAUUGUCGGGUCGUCACUCUUAUGGCCCUCCGGCAUUCGCGCCGCAUCCCUCUGUCACCUACCAAUCCACUUGGUUGAGAACUUGA